CUCCCUACCCAAGCGUUUGGUUGGUUUGGUUUUGGCGGGAGCAUGUGCGUUGUGUGCGUAGUCUGCUGCUCUUGCAACAACUGUGAUGUGAUCGUAGCGUAGUAGUGACAGAGGUUUCAGCACUUGUUUUUUUGGUUUGAGAUAAGCUGAAUUGUGUCUUGUAAGAUUCUUUUGCGGUUUUAUUAACCCCGUCUACUUGUUCUGUGACGAUGGGAAUCACCGGUUUGUCGAAGGUGAUCGCUGACAAUGCGCCCGAUGCUAUUAAGGAGUCUGACAUCAAGAGCUACUUCGGAAGAAAAAUUGCAAUAGAUGCAUCGAUGUGCUUGUACCAAUUCCUGAUCGCAGUGCGUCAGGAAAACAACAUGCUCACUAACAGUGAAGGCGAGACUACAAGCCACCUAGUCGGGUUCUUCUACAGAACAAUCCGAAUGAUUGAGAAUGGCAUCAAACCUGUGUAUGUUUUUGAUGGAAAGCCGCCGGGCAUGAAAUCGUCGGAGCUUGAAAAACGCCAAGAGCGUAGGGAAGCAGCUGAAAAGGAACUGGAGAAGGCAGAGGAGGCAGGAAACCAAGAAGAAAUCAAUAAAUUCAGCAAGCGACUUGUGAAGGUGACCCGGCAACAUGGUGAAGAUUGCAAGAAACUUCUGGCCCUUAUGGGUGUUCCGUACAUUGAAGCCCCGUGUGAAGCUGAAGCUCAGUGUGCCGAGCUUGUUAAGGGUGGCAAAGUAUAUGGGACUGCAACAGAAGACAUGGAUGGGUUGACGUUCGGUACAAAUAUCCUGCUUCGUCACAUGACAUACAGUGAAGCUCGUAAAAUGCCGAUCAAGGAGUUCCACCUUGACAAAGUACUCAAUGGGCUUGAGAUGAAUCGUGACGAGUUUAUAGAUCUUUGCAUCUUACUUGGGUGUGACUACUGUGAAAGUAUCCGAGGGAUUGGACCAAAACGUGCAGUGGAGCUCAUCAAGCAGCACAAGAGCAUUGAGAAAAUAAUCACUGCAAUCGACACCAAGAAAUAUACAGUGCCUGAAGACUGGCCCUACAAGGAAGCCCGCCAACUUUUUUUGGAACCCGAAGUUACUUCCGCUGAUGAAGUCCAACUGAAAUGGAGUGAUCCUGAUGAAGAAGGUCUUGUUAAAUUUCUUUGCGAAGAAAACGGCUUUAGUGAAGAGCGCAUCCGCAAUGGUGCCAAGAAGUUGCUAAAGGGACGUAACAGCACCACCCAAGGAAGGUUGGACACCUUCUUUAAGGUUCUUCCAUCAGAAUCUUCAGCCAAGCGCAAGAGUGAUACAACAAAUGAAGCUAACAAAAAGAAAGCAAAAGCACCUGCUGGAAAAGGUGGGAAGUUCAAGAGGGGCAAAUGAAGCCAUGGUACCACUUCCAAGACAAGUAACAUGGACAACCACCACUAAAAACACAUUUCACAUUUAA